GGACUUUGAAUAUCACAAACGAGACUGCUCAUUUCCGCAACGACGAAAAAAGCACAGCAUCAUUCCUCAAGCUUUUAUUUAUUCCUAUUUUCUCCUCUAAUGUGAUACCAUUCAUUCACUACAAUGGACGCUGAAGUUCCAAUCUAUACAAUGGAGACCGAAGUUCCAAUCUAUGGCAAGAACAAUUACAACAAUAAUGCGGAAGAGCGGAUGGCGGAAGAAAAGGCGAUUGACGACUGGCUUCCGAUCACAUCUUCUCGGACAGCGAAAUGGUGGUUUUCAGCUUUCCACAGCGUCACCGCCAUCGUCGGCGCCGGAGUCCUCAGCCUCCCUUACGCCAUGUCCCAACUCGGAUGGGGGGCAGGUGUGUCGUUCCUGGUCCUCUCUUGGGUGGUGACGCUAUACUCGUUGUGGCAGAUGGUGGAGAUGCACGAGCUCGUUCCUGGGAAGCGUUUCGACCGCUACCAUGAGCUCGGACAGCAUGCCUUUGGAGACAAGCUCGGUCUCUGGAUCGUUGUCCCUGCGCAGCUCGUCGUUCUCAUCGGAUUGAACAUAGUUUACCUCAUCACAGGCGGCAUAUCGCUCCAAAAAUUUCAUGAUUUGGUCUGUCAAACAUGCCAUAAAAUGAGACUCACUUAUUUCAUCCUCAUAUUUUCCUCCGUCCACUUCGUCCUCUCCCAACUCCCUACCUUCAACUCCAUCUCCGGCGUCUCCCUCGCCGCUGCUGUCAUGUCAAUAAGCAGUUAUUCUACGGUGGCUUGGGCAGCUUCGAUUGAGAAAGGUGUGCAAAGGGGAGUGGAAUAUGGUUAUAAAUCGGAGACCAAGGCUGGAACCGUGUUUAACUUCUUCAACGCGUUGGGGAGCAUCGCCUUCGCCUAUGGCGGGCACAAUGUGGUGAUGGAGAUCCAAGCAACUAUGCCUUCCACUCCACAUAGGCCUUCCAAGAAGCCUAUGUGGAAGGGAGCUGUGGUUGCUUAUGUCAUCGUCGCACUUUGCUAUUUUCCUGUUGCUAUAAUUGGAUACUGGAAAUUUGGCAAUGCAGUCGAUGAAAACAUCCUCAUCACACUCCAGAGGCCAAGAUGGCUCAUCGCCAUAGCUAACAUGUUUGUCGUCAUCCAUCUUAUCGGAGGCUACCAGUUGUACGCAAUGCCGGUUUUUGACAUGAUAGAAGCUGUGUUCACAAAGAAGCUCAAUUUUAAGCCAACUUGGUACCUUCGUUUUAUUUCAAGAAAUACUUAUGUUGGUAAGUUUUUCUAUUUUUCCUCCAAUGAUACUCAUUUUGGUUGCCAGUUUCUAUUUUUUCGACAUGAUGUAUAUGACUUUUGGUUUUUUUUUUCCAGCUUUCACAACGUUUAUUGCCAUCACAUUCCCUUUCUUCAAUGCACUUCUUGGAUUUUUUGGAGGAUUUGGGAUCGUUCCAACCACAUAUUUUCUUCCAAGUAUCAUAUGGCUUAUGGUUCACAAGCCGAGGAUGUGCAGUUUUUCUUUUUUGGCAUGCUGGUUUUGCAUAAUAUUUGGCGUUGUGUUGACGAUUGUUGGACCAAUUGGAGGGCUCAGGCAGAUUAUACUUCAAGCUAAACAUUAUAAAUUCUACCACGAUUUAGAAGGCUCAGAAUAGAUAAUCACUGAUAGACCAGGAUUUUUUUCCAACAAAUAUAAUAUUUGUCUUGAUAGACCAGGAAUUUAAACAAGCUAGUGUAAAUUUAACGAUAAGCAUGGCGGGGCAAAUAUAUACUCUGAUUUGAGAGUUUAAACUAA